CCUGACCCUCUCCCCGCUUUUGUAGGUGGUCGCCAUCUUGUACGGGCCGCUGGGGAAGGAGACUCCGCCGCCGCCAUGCCGGACGACUGGGACCCGGAGGUGUACAAGAGGCCGCCGGCCCGCACCCCCAUCCCCGAGAAGCGGUCGUCGCUGCCGAGCCCGCUGACCAUCAUCAAGAGCCUCUACUACUACAGCGUCGACGCGCCGGUCACCUUGUUCCGAGAAUGGAUGGAACGCCAACAUGCGAAGAGAAGAUAUUAUUACUAUCAUCGGAAAUACAACCGUGUGCCGGAUCUGACUGAGUGCUUGGAGGAUGACUAUGUAUGCUUCUUUGAAGCUGAGGCGCAGUGGAGGAGGGACAUGAAAGUUGAUCAGGAAAUUGUGAAGAUAAUUCAGGAAAGGGUAGAAGCUUGCCAGCAGAUAGAAGGAACUAACUACAUUCAGAAUUGUGUAAAGGAGAUAGAGCAGUUUACUCAGGUUGCUCAAGCCUAUCGAGAUAGAUAUGCUGAUCUUGGUGCCAAUGGAAAUGCUAGAAAAUGUUUAAUGAAGCAGAAACAGAGAAUGAUUGCAGAAAGAAAAGCACAAGCACAAGCAAAAGACUAAGCUCAAAUCGUCAAUGUGUAGUAUUUGAAGUUUAAGGUUUGAAUACUGUAUUGUGAGGGAUUUCAGAGUGGUAGCUGUGUUACUUCUCAUCGUAUUAUAUGAAUCUUCUAAUGUACCUGGAUGCUGAGGCUUGUAUGAGUUGUAUUACUCAACUGUACAAUAAAGCAUUUGCAGAGAACAUCUCUGCCAGAUAA